CGAGGGUAUCCACGAGCGUCGAGCACAUUUGAUUCUGUGCCAUGUCGUCGGCAUCUCAGCAACAAGGCGGACUCGACUCGGCCCUGGGGAGAUACCAGCUCUACACACUCGGUAGCACGAUUGUGAUUGUGAUCUGUGCGAUCAUUUUCUGUCGAUCCAAACACAAAGAGCCGACUGUGCCAUUGCUGCCCAACGAGCACGUGGGCCACUUGGCUGGGCUCCAGCGAGAUGCCCUGGAAGACCCCUCGUUGGAGGCCAAAAAGUGGCGAUGCAAUAUUUGCGGGUUCCGAAACGCGACCGACCAGCUCGAGUGUGCAUUGUGUCGUUCGAGCCAAGCGUUGUACCUGCUUGUCACACCCGAGUUUGCAACGGCCGACGGCACUGUCGUGGCCUUGGACAACCUCAACUCGACGCAGCGCAGUGCCAGGGAGCGCCAUGACUGGAUGCGCGAGUACAACUCGACGACCGGCGUUCUUUGGAAAGCCAACCACACCGAUCCCUCCACUCUCAACCAUUACAUUGUCAGCUGCACGAAGGAUGAAAACACGCUGAAGUGGCUCGCCUUCGACGCGACAUUUGCUGGCGUUCACAUUGGCAGUGGCGAAUCGACACAAUCGUGGUGGUAUGGCCAGUUGGAGUACGUCCGCAGCCUCAGCUUCUCGCUCAAGUUUGCAUGGCUCGUCAACCAGCUGACGACGCUCGAUUCAACACACACGAAAAUGAAGGUGUACCGGAACAAAAUUUUUGAGGAAUCGAUCCAACUGCUCGUCAUCUUGAAAGUCGAUCAAUUGUGCUCGAAAACAAAAAUCACGCUGCUUGGCGAAAGCGCCAUCGAUGCCGGCGGCGUGACGAGGGAAUGGUACACGCUGCUCACGGACGAAAUCUUUAGCGCCGACCAAGGCUUGUUUUUCGUGUCCAACGUAGAAGACCAGUCCUUCUUCAUCCAGCCCAACUCGGCCACACUCAACGGACCCAACCACCUCAACCACUUCCUCGCGGUCGGAAGACUUCUUGGGCGAGCCAUCAUCGACGGCCAAGUCCUGCCAUUCCACUUUUGCGUCCCCCUCUUCAAGAUGCUCCUGGGGUACCCUGUCUCCAUGGACGACAUUCGGUAUCUCGACCCGACCGUGUACUCGAGCCUCGUGUACGUCCGAGACUGCGACGACGUCGACGAUCUCGCGCUCACGUUCAGUGUGACGGUGGACGAAGCCGGGUCGGAGGUCGAGCUUGUGGUUGGCGGACGAGAUAUCGCCGUCACGAACGCCAACAAGGCCGAGUACGUGGACAGGAUGGUGCAGUACUUGCUGUUUGACCGGGUCGCGCCGCAGCUACAGCAUUUGGUCCAGGGCCUGUACGACGUGCUGCCGCAGGAGCUGCUGAUGCCGUUCGAUUACAAGGAGCUCGAGUUGAUGCUGUGUGGGUUUUCCGAGAUCGACGUGGCCGACUGGAAGCGGUCGACGAUCGUGUCCAAGUCGUUGGAGGACGUGGUCGGUUGGUUCUGGGACGUCAUCGAGUUUGACAUGACGGCGUCGGAGCGGGCCAAGCUGCUCCAGUUCACGACCGGAUCGUCUCGCGUGCCGUUGCAGGGGUUCAAGGCCCUCACGAGCAAUGACGGCCGAUUGUGUCCGUUCAAUUUGUAUGGCAUUCCUUACACAAGAGGGUCGUUUCCGAGAGUCCACUCGUGCUUCAACCGCAUCGACCUCCCUAUUUAUCCGACGCGGGAGUUGCUUCGGGAAGGUCUCUUCGUCUUGGUCACGAUGGACACGGCAGAAUUCACCAUUGCUUGAUUCAAUCAACUAGCCUGCUGUGCCAGCUAUGAGACAUAACGAUAUUUAACUUAUUGCGCAUUGGACUUCGUCGACAAGGAGCGAACGAUCCCUUUGACUUUAC